AUGAUUGCUGAUUUUCCGUUCAAAAUUGAUUUCGAAAAAGUUCCAAUUGAAAGAUUGAUUGAAAUACUUCAAGGAAACGAAAAACCAGAUGAGAUUUCCAGAGAAAAACAAGAUUCCAUUUCAUUUUUAAUUGUUUUGUUGUUCCAAACAUUUUUCUCUGAAUCAAAUUCUUAUCCAUUAAUUAUUACAUCCCCUGACGUCAUCAAAAUCAUUAUAGAGUUCGCACAGAAUACAAAUGCAAAGUACUGCGUUGGCUGCACAGAAUUCUUCCUCAGUAUUCUUUCAAAAAUUUCUGCAGAAGAUAUCAUUAAUUAUUUAGAAGAUUUCCCUGAAAUUUCAGAAUUAAUAGUAAAUUGCUUGGAAUAUGAUAAUCCUGACGCUCAGAAACUAAUCCAAUACGUUUAUACGUUCUUAAAACAUAUAACUGAUAUGGGAGCAACAGAUCAUGAAACAAUUGCAGAUUUAAUUGCUCAAAUGCAGGAUCCAAUAUCAGAAUUGUGCGAUAGCGAAGAAGGAAAGACCAGGGCUUAUGCUGCAACAGUUUUGAAAUAUUAUUAUCCAGAUGUGUUUGAUUCAAAGUACAUAUAA